UGACAACUGUCAUCGCUUGGUAAUACUUCCGCUGCUCUGAUGACGGUUUCAGGUUAUGUUUAGUUAAAGUUAAUAUUAUUGAUAUUCGUAAAAAAAAGUAUGGCUCUCAUUAGAAACCUAUCAAUGCGCAGCAUAAUGCUGAAUAUGAAAAAAGUUUUCAUCUCUGAUGUCCGUGGGUUAAAUAGUGAAGCUGUUAAUGACGAUUUACCUGUUGAAAUGGAAAACCCAUACAAAAAAGAGAAGCGACAAUGCAUUUUGUGCAAACUCAACAUAAGCCCUGAUUACAAAAACUAUAGAUUGUUAUCUCAAUUUCAAAGCCCCUACACUGGAAGGAUUUAUGGUAGGCACAUAACAGGACUAUGUAAAAAUAAACAGGAGGCUGUCGAGAGAGAAAUAGUCAAAGCACAAAAUUGUGCCUACAUGCCCUACUUUUAUAAGGACAAAGUGUUUUUGAAGGACCCUAGAUUGUUUGAUCCGGAGAAUCCCGUCCGUUCACAUAGGUUUUAAUAUAGUAUAGUAGUCAUUUUAACAUUAGAGUAAUUAAAAUAUCACAAAUGGAUAA